CCAAGGCUUUUUCAGAGUCGCGCCGAAUCCCACGAAGAGUCAUCUUAGAACAGGAGGAGCGGCAGAGGCAGGGGCGGAGAUGUCGCUCUACAAUUUCACGUACGUCCUCAUCGGCGACUCACGUGUCGGCAAGACAUGCCUGCUGGUGCAGUUCCUCCACAAGGAGUUCCACCCCGUCCUUGAGCUCAACCUCGACACCGAGCGCGGGGACAGGAUGAUCACCAUCGACAACAAGCCCGUCAAGCUCCUGAUUUGGGACACGCCAGGCCGAGACGCAUUCAGAUCGCUGACUACACCACUCUACUACAUGGCUGUCGGUGCACUUUUGGUUUAUGACAUCACCAGGAGGGAGACUUUUAACCAUCUCGCGAACUGGCUGCAAGAUGCAAGGCAAUAUUCGCACCCUGGCAUGACAAUAAUGCUGAUUGGGAACAAAUGUGAUCUAUCUCACAGCCGUGCCGUGAGCUAUGAGGAAGGCAAGCGGUUCGCAGAGGACCAUGGUCUGCUAUUCAUGGAGGCAUCUGCCAAAACUGCACAAAAUGUUGUGGAGGGUUUCCUUCAGACUGCUGGAGCAAUAUACCAGAAAAUUUAGUAUCCUCUCUUCGAUCCAUAUAAUUAGGUCACCGGAUUCGAAGUUUGCGCUUUCCAUAGAGCUACUGCGGCUAAUGGAAUGAUAUGCAAAUGUGCACACGCAUAUGUAUUAUGUGCUAGUAUUAAACUUUACUACAAUAACUUCCAUGUAACUUUUGUUUUUAUCAAGUUUGGGUUGCUUACCACAUGUAAGUGGUAAUGUAUCUGACAAGUGCCUCAACGUUUGUAUUGUAUUUCUGUAAAAGUAAAAAGAAUGUGUUUUAAUGUCCUAUGGUGGUUUUAAUGUAAAGUUUUUAACCACCAAAAAUAAAAAACCUACUUGGGAAAUGAUUAUUUUCAUUUUACCGUUCGUGAUUGUGUGCAGGAGAGUUUGCUCGAGGAGGAACCGAUUGAAUGUGUUGAUCUUACGUCGGAUUCAGAGAGUAAAGUGCCUAAGCCGGUCAUCGGAGGUGAGAUCGCGCUGUCUAUGAGGGCUAGGGCGACUGGGGCUACUGGGGCGACUGGAGCGGCGCCCGCGCCGCCGGCGCCGAUCGUUGCGGCCCAGCCAUUGGC